GCAUAACAGCAGGGGUGCGAUAUCUGGUUCUCUCGAGGGAAGGAAACGGUAGCGGGAGGCAGUGUGGACUGGUGUGGACGUUUCCGCGGAGAAGCACGUGCCGGUUCGCGAGUUAGGUGGAGUCCCAUGCGCAAAGUGGGUGGAGGCUGCAUCGUGAGGCUGCCUUCCCCGUUAUCGCAGAUCAAACGCUCGCGGAGUGAGUAUUUUCACGUACCGAGGACUAAAUAGUUAGUCCCAAUCGUAAAAACGAAGGAUGGAUUCCUAGCAUAAGGGUGUUCAACGUAAAAUUAGCGUUGACGUCGACGUUAUUUUCAUUGGAAAAUAUACACGACGGAUAUUUUCAUCAUGAAACGAAGCGUGGAUGGAAGGAAUAUCACCCAGGAGGAGAUCGAAGAUCAUGAUCCCUUACAAGUUCAACAGCAACAACAAGAGGAGGCUGAACAGCAACAACAACAACAAUUGGAACAACAAAGUGCCCAACCACAGAUUCGUUUUUUAAGUGCAAAUGUUCUGCAGCAACUACAGCAACAGCAAGAUGUUCAGCAACAAGCACAACAACAACAGCAGCAACAGCCUCAAGUUAUUACAUUGCAGCAGCUGCAAAACUUUGUGCCUUUACAAACUCAACAGCCGCAGCAUGACCAACAGAGAGCGCAAACGAUUUCUGUACAAUCUUUGCCUCAACAGUUCUUGCAAGGUGCUCAAUUAAUUAGUACUCAAACUCAAGCUGCUCUUCAGCAGCAGCAGCAGCAACAAACACAGCAGCAGCAAGCACAGCAACAGCCACAACAACAUCAACCACAACAACAACUUAGCUAUAGCGUAAUUCCACAGAUGCAAACUGUUAACAUUGAUGGCCAAGAAGCACUCUUCAUUCCAUCUUCUGCUAUGUCAGCAGGCGGUCAUCACCAAACUCAGCCCACGAUGCAAUUUACUACAGCUAGUGGGCAACAAGUUCAACUUGCUAGUCAGCAAGUCCAAUUAGCUAAUGGUCAGACCAUUAUUACACCACAACCUGUCAGUUUGAUAAGGGCACCCAAUGUCUUUCCUACUUCUAUCAUACAAAAUAUUACUGGACAAACUGUUCAAUUACCAUCAGGGCAAAGUGUACAAGUAAGACCGCUUCAAUUUCCUAUGCAGCAUGUUCAGCAAACUGUACCUGUGCAGGUACCAGUCACUGCUAGCAAUGGACAAACCGUGUAUCAAACAGUACACUUUCCUGUUCAAGCAUUGUCUAGUGUUUUUAAUGUGCCUGCUACGCAAAUGAUACCACAGAUCACCCAACAAAUUCCUCAAAUGGCUCAGAUAAUUACACCAAAUGGACAGAUUCAACAGGUUCAAAUUGCUAACCUGCCACAGCUUCAAAGUUUACAGAGUCAACAGGUGACGCAGGUAGCCCAGCAAGUUGCUCAACAACAAGCGCAACAGCAAGCUCAACCACAAGUAAUACAAUCUGUACAACAGCAACAACAGCAACAGGCUCAGGUGCAGCAACAACAGCAGCAACAAGUACAGCAGGUUGUUCAACAGGUUAUACAACAGCAGCAGCAGCAACAACAACAACAACAACAACAGCAGCAACAAGUUCAACAAGCACAGCAACAAUCUUCUGCGCCAUCCUCGACCGUAGCAACUUGGAGCACAACUGUAACGACUCCGAGCAAUGUCCAGGUACUUGGAAUUGGUGCACUUGGAAGGCCAAUCACGGCAAGCGGUAAUGUAAUCACUACAAAAGAUGGGCAGAAGAUUGAUGUGCAAACAUUGUCGGCGUUAACCAGACCACCAGAGUCGGUUGAAGGUGAUAUAAAAGUAACCAGUAUCGAUGCCAGACAAUUAGCUAGUGGUCAAGUUAUACAUAUUCCAGCAGCUCAAUCGGCACAGCCUGCUGUCCAACCUAUCACGAUUACAGGAACGCAAGCGCAACAGUUAACUCUAAUUCCUGCGUCCGCGUUAGCAAACCUAACCGCUCAACAAGGCAAUAUGAUGAGAGGCGUUGGUAGCGGGAGUAUAAUGCAGAUUCAGCCUGCCACUGGAAUGAAUGCGGCGAAUGGCUUCCUUCAGUCGAUACCUGUACAAAAUAUCCCAGGUCUAGGCAAUGUGCAAGUCAUACCCGCUAGCGCGCUUCAGCCCGCCACUGUUCAGACUUUGCCUACCGCAGCUACACCUAUCGUAGCUGCUCCAACGGUGCAAUUAGACUCGAACGAUCCAACAAAAUGGCAAAUUCUGCAAACUCUUCAGUCAAAUAACACGUUAACGACGCCUGCUCCUACUUCGCACCAGCAUCAAGUAACCACCGCAGGAUCACCAAACGUGGAUACAGACUCUAUUAAGCAGCAUCGAAGAAGAGUUGCUUGCACGUGUCCCAACUGCGGCGAUGGUGAUAGGAAUAGAGACUUGACCAGAAAACGGCAACACGUUUGUCACAUAGCUGGAUGCAAUAAAGUGUACGGAAAAACCAGUCAUCUACGAGCUCAUUUGAGGUGGCAUACCGGGGAACGACCGUUUGUUUGUAGUUGGAUAUUUUGUGGUAAGAAAUUUACUAGAUCGGAUGAGCUUCAAAGGCAUCGUAGAACCCACACUGGAGAGAAAAGAUUCCAAUGUCCUGAGUGUACAAAAAAAUUCAUGCGAUCAGAUCAUUUAACGAAACAUAUAAAGACACACACGAAGAUUCGAAGUACGGAAGCAGCUACUUCGACGCAGGAAGGUUCUUCCGACAGUCAAUCUUCUACAGAACAAAAAAUUAUCAUUGCCCUCCACAAAGACACGGAACAAUCCGAUAUUGUCAUUACUGAGCAAAUAGAUGAAAUGAAGUCACAAUCAACGAAUCAUGUAACAAACGAAUAAAACAGAAUCGUUUGUCUUUAACGAUUUAGGUAAAACUGUUGGUUGGUUAGUUGAUUGGUUGAUUGGUUGGUUGGUUGGUUGGUUGGUUGGUUGAUUGUUACGUUCAUGACAUCGAUAAAAGAUGAAAUUUGUCAAUAGCCAUAGCGUUAUAUUGUUUAUUGGCGGUUUUCAAAGAUUAUUGCAAAUAUUUUCUGCGAUAAAGCGAAGGCGAGAGAGAAGAAACUUUUUACAGGGAUUAUUAUAAUUCAUAGUGCAUAUAAUCUAUUUUUGUAUUGAAAAAAAAAAAUUGUAAAUAUGUAUAUAAUGUAUAUUAAUGUAAAAAUUUUUGCACAAAAUGAAUUUUACACUUAUAAACAGUUUUUGAUAUUACGAUUCGUAAAAAUGGUCUUUCACCUUAUUGUAGUGAAAUUUUUAUGGCACGUAGGGACAAUAAUGUGGUACGUUUAAUUAAUCUUUUCAGGCAUAAUAUUUAAAUAGAAUAAUAUAAAAAAAUAAACAAAUGAAAGGUAAGAUUGUUUUGUUUCUAAUUUACAUAAAAAAAAAACUUUGGAACAGCCUUAUACUAC